AUGAAGACUGCUUUAGUUUGUUUCCUUCUCUUGUUUUUCUCUGCCACCUCCCAGCCAUCUUCUCAUUCUGAUGAAGAAGCUCUUAUGUCUUUUAAGAGUUCCCUCUCCCUCGACCCCCACAAUUCUUUGUUCGAUUGGUCUCCUCAUCAUUCCUUCUGCAAUUUGACUGGCGUUAUCUGCUCUUCUCAUCAUCAGCGUGUGGUUUCUUUGAAUCUUACUGGUAUGUCUUUACUUGGUCCAAUCUCUCCUUUCAUUGGCAAUCUUUCUUUUCUUAGAGUACUCGAUCUCAGGACUAACAGCUUCCAAGGCCAGAUUCCCCCUCAGCUGGGGAGGCUUUAUCGCCUUACAAUACUUGGUAUGGGUAGAAAUGAAUUGGAAGGUUCCAUUCCAUCCACUUUAGGAGAUUGUAGUUCUUUGCAAAAUCUUUCUCUGGCUUAUAACAAUCUGAUGGGUAGCAUCCCCUCCCAGCUUGGCCUUCUUCUGAAUUUAAAGACCCUUUUCUUAGGGAAGAAUCAAUUGUCAGGUGCAAUCCCAUCUUUUUUAGGAAACAUGUCCUCUUUAAUUGACUUGGAGUUGGGAAAGAACAAAUUUCAUGGUGGUAUUCCUGUUGAAUUGGGUAUGCUUUCCCAACUUAGUGUGCUUUAUCUUCAAGAUAACAACUUGACGGGCACAAUCCCAUCUUUCUUAGGAAACAUGUCCUCUUUAACUGACUUGGACUUGUUUCAGAACAAACUCCAUGGCAAUAUCCCUAUUGAACUAGGUAUGCUUACUCAGCUCAAAAUAAUUAAUCUUGGGUUCAACAAAUUGAUAGGAGAAAUUCCCAUUGCCCUUUUCAACUGCACCCUUCUCCAAAAUUUGGCAUUGUCUAACAACCAAUUAACUGGCCACAUUUCUUCAGAGUUUGCCAAACUAUCAAAGUUGCAACAACUACUAUUGUGGGGAAACCAACUCAGUGGAAAAAUUCCAAUCUCCCUCUCUAAUUGCACUCAACUUCAAAAACUAGAAUUAGCCAUGAACCAAUUCAGUGGCAAUGUGCCCCUAGAGUUUGGUAAUUUGCACCAACUUCGAGAGCUUCAUUUAGCCAGUAAUCAUCUUGUGAGUGGAAGAAAGGAUUUGUCUAUUCUAAUGGCCUUAACUAAUUGCUCAUCUAUGAAUACUCUAGAUUUGUCUCUAAAUAAUCUUGCUGGUGUUUUGCCCUCUUCUCUUGGCCAAUUAUCAAGCCAACUUUCUCUUUUAAAAUUAUUCUCAAACAACAUCGAGGGAAACAUACCAAGCAGCAUUAGCAACCUAACAAUGUUGGCAUACUUAGACUUAUCUUACAAUCUUUUCAAUGGAACUAUUCCAUCUUCACUUGGUCAAUUUUCACAUCUUGAAAGACUGUAUCUUCAAGGAAACAAUUUACAUGGAAGUAUUCCAAAAUUGUUAGGGCAAGCAAAAAGUCUUGGGAAGUUAGAAUUGAGUGAAAACAUGCUUUCAAGUAUAAUUCCAAAUAGUCUGGGUGAUCUCCCACAAUUAAGACGUCUUUAUCUACAUCACAAUCAACUAUCGGGGAGAAUACCUAGUAGUUUAGGGGGAUGCCAAACUUUGGAGUUGAUAGACUUGUCUCACAACAAACUAAGAGGAAAUAUUCCCCCAGAGUUCUUGAGUCUUAAAAAUCUCCAAUUUUAUUUCAACAUUUCUAGCAAUUUAUUACAAGGUUCUCUUUUGGAGAUGAGCAAGAUGGCAAUGGUCCAAGCAAUAGAUGUGUAUGUCAACAACUUCUCAGGUGAAAUUCCAAUUGCACUAUCAAGUUGCACAAAUUUACAAUAUUUGAAUCUUUCAUGGAAUUCAUUCAAUGGUACAAUUCCAACAGCAUUAGCAAAUCUCAAAAACCUUGUGGACAUUGAUCUCUCUAGCAAUAAUUUGUCAGGUGUAAUUCCAAUGGCUUUCCAAGAGAUGAAAACACUUCAACAUAUCAAUCUUUCUUCAAAUAGGUUAAUAAGAGAGGUUCCAAAGGGAGGAGCCUUUGCAACACUUAAUCAGUCAGCAAUUGUAGGAAAUCUUGGCCUUUGUGGCACAUGGAUAAAAUUGUCACCAUGCUCCAAAGAUAAAUUUUCAUCUAUCACUAAGAAGGCGAUAAUUCCUAUUGUGGUUGGAAUUACAAUUUUCAUCAUGUCUUUGCUAUUGUUUGCAAUUUCCUAUAGAUAA